CGGAAGUGGUGGUUGCUUAGCAACUAAAUACGUCUCGUCCUGACGUUCACUAAUGGUUGUCAAAAUUUGUUUUCCCUUGAACUAAAGGUCAUAUUAAUCCUUUCACAAUGAUGUUCUUCACGCAACUGUUUACGUCCAAAAGAGCUCCAUUAGCCAAAAUUUGGCUGGCGGCGCACUGGGACAAGAAACUCACCAAGGCCCAUGUGUUUGAAUGCAACUUGGAAACAUCCAUCAGAGACAUUCUUUCCCCUACGAUGAAAAUUGGUUUGAGGACUUCUGGACAUCUUCUGCUUGGCGUGGUCAGAAUCUACUGUAGGAAGACAAAGUAUCUCCUUGCAGACUGCAGUGAUGCCCUGGUCAAAAUUAAAAUGGCAUUCAGGCCAGGUCAGACUGAUAUGCCUGUGGAAGGGCUUGAGGCGACAGUGAAGGCGAUCACUCUUGUUGAGGAUUUUACCGCCUUUGAUACGCCGCUGCCUCUGCCCAGUGACAUCGAUAUGGACCACGUGUCACUGAACCAGUGUCGCUCAGAGGAAAUCACUCUGAAAGAGGAUUUCGGACAUCAGUUUUUGAACUUUCAAGACAUCGGCGAUGAGUCACAGAGCCAAGCAAACACACUGCUGGACCAAAGCUUUGACUUUUCAGCACAGAGAGACGGUUUUGGCGAUGAGGAGAAUGAAUUCGACCUACUUGACUUCCUGACGAAUCCCAUCAAUCAGACUGAAGCCCAGAAUUUCAUCCAGGAAGAGCUGCAAAGUGAAAAUAAAGAAGGUUCUCCAGUUCAGGAUGAUCAGCCUCACAGCGAUGCUGACUGCGGCGUUGCUGAGGAGAUGGUAACUGAAACCACGCUGCUGACCAAUGAUGAGGCCGUUUUCGCUUUAGAACCCGUUCCCAUCACGCCAAACUCUGAGAGAAAGGUGGGUAAGAGGAAACGUAAGCUGGUGGUUGACCAGACGAAAGAGCUGAGCAACGACGACAUCAGGGAGCAGAUCUCAGAUUAUUCGGAUCUGGUCGCUCCGUUGGACAUGGCCCCGCCGACGGUGCAGCUCAUGCUCUGGAAGGAGAGCGGCGGUGCCGACAAACUCUUCUCUAAACCGUGCUCCGCUCUGGUGAAUCCACUCAUUAAAGAGGUCUUUGCCAAAAGUGUCUUCCAUUUGAAAUUUUACAGCGUAGAAAAAGAGGUUGAACAGAUGCGCCAAGAGAAAGGAGGAGCUCAGGGAGACAUCAGCUCCCUCUUCACAGGCGACGCCAGCGUUGUAGAUUCAUCUGCAAACACUGAAAUAACUCGCAACACUGAGCUGAUGGCCUUUGACCUCAUGAAUGACAGUCAGGAGACAAAUUCUACCAUCUUCCAAAAUGAACUCGGCGUAGAUAUGUCUCAUCCCAACCUGCCGUCAGAGGACUCCAUGUUUGUCCAUCCCUCUAAUGUGGAGCAAUGCACUCAGUCAACUUCUCUCAACACCCAGUCUCUGCUGGGGAGCCAGGACUUUGAGGAGAGGAGAGUCACCAGGAGAGCAAUGAAGCUUCUCAACGACCUGAAGCAGAGACACAUUGCCGGAGAUCCCGCCUUCAGCCUGCAGUCGAUCUGCAGAGGAAACACUCGAUCGCAGGCCGCAGCCACUUUCUUGUCCCUGCUGGUUCUGAGAAAGCAACAAAUCGUGGUUCUGCACCAGCCGGGCCCGUACCGGGACGUAGCUGUGGCCCCCGGGCCCAAAUACUGCAGCUGAAGCGGUCCUGGUUGUUUGGAGUAGAUGCCGUUUGAUCACAGCAAGCUCAUUUCAGUCGUAUGAAACUCGUGUUGGCCUGUUUCUGUGAGAGAAAUUAUUUAUUUUUCUGUCGUUCUUUGUAUGUUGUAACUUAUUUCAGCUGCUGGUUUUUCACAUUCCCACCUGUUCGGUUCACGUCUUGUUCAGUGUGUCGAAUGUCACCUGCGUGCUCCAUCCCAGGUGUGAUUCAUCUAACCUGAGAGAGAAAACCAAGGUGAAAACUUACAAUAUAAAAAUUAAAAAUGAUUCUCAC